AUGUUGCGCAUACCAAUCUGGGCCUCUGCUGUCCUUUGCUUCCUCGCGAGCGCGUCUGAGGCUGGACAUGCGAAUCUCCAUAACUAUGCGCCUGGCCUGAGCCGCCAUCAUGGCCAUCAGAACUUCCACCGAUCCGUUCCUGCAGUCGAGGAGAGAGGUGUAUCCUUUGUCGAGAAAAGAGGGGGCCAAUGCCAGUUCCCUACCGAUGCUGGACUGGUGUCUGUCACUCCAAAUGAGCAGAACGCUGGCUGGGCCAUGAGCCCUGACCAACCUUGCAAGCCGGGUAGCUACUGUCCUUAUGCUUGCCCGCCUGGACAAGUGAUGGCACAAUGGGACCCUGACGCGACCUCAUACUCUUAUCCUGCAUCGAUGAAUGGUGGCCUUUACUGUGACAAGAGCGGGAAAAUCUCCAAGCCUUUCCCUAACAAGCCCUACUGCGUUGAUGCAUCAGGUUCCGUCAAGGUUAAGAACAGCUGUGGAGGAGUUGUUUCUUUCUGCCAAACUGUUCUUCCAGGAAACGAGGCUAUGUUGAUCCCUACCAGCGUCCACGAUACCGCAGAUCUUGCCGUUCCCGAUCCUUCAUACUGGUGCUCUACCGCUGCCCACUACUACAUCAACCCUCCAGGCACGGACACUGACACUGCCUGUGUUUGGGGAACAAAUGCAAACCCAUGGGGUAACUGGUCGCCUUAUGUCAGUGGUGCUAAUGUCGAUGGGAGCGGACAGACCUUCCUCAAGCUCGGCUGGAACCCCAUCUACCUUGAACCCGCAACGCCGUUUAAAGACGAAAGCCCGAAGUUCGGUGUCAAGGUAGAGUGUGAAGGAUGUAAUGGGCUCCCUUGUGAAAUUGACCCGGCCAAAAACAAAGUCAAUGAGAUCACCGGCAGCGGAACUGACGGUGCUGGUGGUGCCGCUUUCUGCGUUGUAACUGUUCCAAAAGGUACUCAAGCUACUAUUGUUGUCUUUGAGGCAGGUAACAGCGGCGGAUCAGACGACAAAAAAGAUGAUAUCAAGGCACAAGACUACAAAUCAUCUUCAUCCGCCGCUCCGUCAUCCACGAAAGCUAGCGCAUCCUCGACCGCAGAACCAUCGACUACCUCCGCUUCAGCGUCGUCCACCUCAGAAUCCUCGCCGACCCCAACGUCAAGCUCUUCUUCCAACGCCUACAAGCCCUCGCCCCAUGUCUUCAUCGAAAGUCCUAGCUCGUCAAUUCAGCAUCCCACCAACGGCUCUUCGAUCAUCAUGCCAACUCCAACCAACUCCGGCAACUCUCCUACUCCAACUCAUAAUGCUGCAUCAGCUACCGCCAUCUCAGUUAUGAGCCUCACCCUCAGCUUCCUGAUUGUCUCGAUCGUUAUGAACUUUUAA